UAAAGGGAAACCAUAUAAGUAAGUGAAGAUGAAGUCACACAGAACAUAGAAGCAGCAGAGCAACUUUCUUCAUUUUAUCACUGAAACGAUAGGAUGGAGGAACCACUGACAACUCUCAUGACCACGGUCGCUGGUUAUUACAAUGAAAAUGACACCAGUGAUGACUACUCAGAUUAUGACACGGGGCCAACUGAGCCCACAGGCAUGUGCGACAAACGGUUAGUCCGGGAAUUUCGUGGCCGGUACGAGCCACCUCUCUUCUGGAUCAUCUUCAUCCUCGGGGCCCUGGGUAACCUGAUGGUGGUGUGGAUCUACACGACCGUGCGCAACCGCCUGAAAACCAUGACCGACGUGUACUUGCUGAACCUGGCGGUGGCCGAUCUCCUCUUCCUGUGCAUGCUGCCCUUCUGGGCAAACAACGCCUUCAAUGGCUGGGAGUUUGACGAGAGGUUUUGCAAACUGGUGUCCGGGGUCUACAAGAUCAACUUCUUCAGCAGCACGUUCCUGCUCACCUGCAUAAGCGUGGACCGCUACAUUGCUAUCGUACAGGUCACCAAGGCCCAGAACCUGAAGAAAAAGAGACUCUUCUACAGUAAACUCGCCUGCUUGGUUGUCUGGUCUGUCUCCAUUCUCCUGGCCCUCCCUGAGUUCAUAUUUGCUCGGGUGAAGCCGGACCAAAACGGCCGGUCCUUCUGCACUCUCAUCUACUGGAACAACAAAUACAACCGGAUUAAGAUCCUGGUGCUGUCCCUGCAGAUCUGCAUGGGCUUCUGCCUCCCUCUGCUAGUGAUGGUCUUCUGUUACUCUGUCAUCAUACGCACACUUCUGCAGGCCAAGAGCUUUGAGAAGCACAAGGCCCUGCGCGUCAUCUUUGUCGUGGUGCUUGUGUUCAUCCUCUCCCAGCUGCCAUACAACAGCCUGCUCAUAGUGGAGGCCGCGCAGGCAGCUAAUACAACCAUAACCGACUGCAACAUGGCAAUUCGUUUUGACGUGGCAGGGCAAGUCGCCAAGAGCCUGGCCUACACUCAUGCCUGCCUCAACCCUUUCCUGUACGUCUUCGUUGGAGUCCGGUUCAGACAAGACCUCCUGAGGAUGGUGAAGAGGUGUGUCGGUCGUCUGAGAACAGGAGGGUUGAGUAAAGCAAACGUAGUUCCCAAACGUCCGUCCAUCAUGUCAGAGACUGAGACUACCCCCGCCCUGUCAUUAUAAACACACAUUCUCCUACAGUCCUUUUAUAGACACUUGAGCAUUUAGUGUCUAGUUGUAAACAUGAUUAAGUUUUCCCAGCAUGCAUUACCUGCCACCAGAGCAGCAAUACAAUAUUCAUCUCUGAAAGCAAAUAAGAGUUUAUGUUCAUUUACAUUCUCACAG